AUGCCGGCCAAAUACACCUUCACGGACCUUCUGUCGCUCCCCAAUUCCACCGUCAAGAUACCCCGCCUCGGAUUCGGCGUCUACCGUUCACCUGCCACCCAAUGCGUCAAGUCAUGCCUCAGUGCCUUUGAGACUGGAUACAGGCACAUUGACACUGCCCAGUUCUACGCAAACGAGACCGAGGUUGGCGAUGCCAUCCGCUCGUCUGGUCUGCCCCGCAGCGAAAUUUUCGUGACCACCAAGAUCCUCAGCCCGGCGGGCUCCCCCGAAGCGACCUACGAGAGGCUGGUGGCUAGUGUCGACAAGAUUGGCGGCAAGGAUGGAUACGUUGACCUGUUCCUGAUUCACAGCUCCAAGUCCGGCUCGUCCGGUCGCAAGGAACUGUGGCAGGCCCUGGAGAGGCUGCUGGAGGAGGGCAGGACUAAGAGCAUCGGUGUUAGCAACUUCGGGGUGAAACACAUUGAGGAGAUGAAGGCAUAUGCGAAGGUCUGGCCGCCGCAUGUCAACCAGAUUGAGCUCCAUCCCUGGUGCCAGCAGCGCGUGAUCGAUGCAUACUGCAAGAAGAACGGCAUCAUUGUUGAGUCCUAUGCCCCGAUUGUGCGAAACUAUAAAGCAAACGACCCUACGCUCGUCGACCUGGCGAAGAAGUAUAACAAGGCGACUCAGCAAGUCCUGAUACGCUACGCGCUGCAGAAGGGAUGGGUUCCGCUUCCUAAGACGGACAAUCCGGACCGGAUUGCCGCCAACGCCGAUGUGUUUGAUUUUGAUAUUAGCGAGGAGGAUAUGGCGGUGCUCAACGCUUUGGAUCAGGGGAGCAGCGGCGCCAUUGUCGAGGCUGUGGAUAAUGAGUAA